AUGGCCACUGAUCAGCAGCAAAUCACCCUCAAAGUCUUUGUGAACAAGACCAACAACUGCGUAGCUUUUGUCGAAUCGAACUUGGAUUUCGUGGAUGUUCUCCUCAGCUUCCUCACGUUGCCAGUCGGCACCGUCGUCCGUCUUCUCAACAAGCAGUCGUCCUUGGGUUGCUUCGACAAGCUUUACCAAAGCGUUGAGCAGCUCGAUGAGAAGUACCUGAUGACGGCUGCGUGCAAGUCGAUGUUGACAACCCCAGUGAACUCAUCUGGAAUAAAAUGCCAGAAACUUAAGAUUAAUAUUGAUGCAAUGGGAGAGCUAUAUAUAUGCUCAUCUUCUUGCUGCUCUUAUAGUUCGCUGAGCUAUUACUCAGGGCUCAAAUGUCAGUGUGGUUAUGACAUGACGAAGGCAAUUACAUAUGAUCUGAAUCGAGACGAUGUUAAUUAUAAAGAAUUUCAUGGCGUAUUCGUCGAAGGGGCUAAAUUUGUUGUUACAGAUGCUCUUUGUAUAACUGUCAUUGAGGACUUCAUUUCGACUUUAAAUGAGUGUCGCAAUGGUGAUCGUAAUCAUCUCGAAGAAAGAUUGGUACAGAUCGAACGAGAACAGGCAAGUUUUCUUUUUCUUUCGGUUUGA